AUGGCAUCUGCAAAUCCCACUGCCUCCAUCGCUGAUACUAAUAACAAAGAAGAUGAAGUACAGGCACACCGAAGAGGCGCUGAGGAAGAAAACUCAUCUGAUACUCCUCGUAAGCGAGCAAAAAAAGGUAACAAGAAUGAAGCCUUUGAUCCAGUGGAGAAAAAACAGCUGAAGAAAUAUGAUACUUGGGAAUCACAUGCAAGGAAGAUUCUCCGCAGCACAAAUGGCAAAUUGUUUGAAGAUUUACCUCCAGAUGACAUGCAAAAAGAAAUUAAGUAUCUCAGGAGACGUUUGACCACCUUGAAGGAAAAUACUUCCUUGGACCCCAUACGCAUUGGGCUUCUUGGAAGAACAGGGGCAGGGAAGACCUCCCUGCUGAAUGCGAUUCUAGGGAAGAAUCUGUUCCUGCCAGUGUCUGGGAGCAGUGUUUGCACUUCAUGUGUGGUACAAGUGAUCACAAGCAGGGCUGACCAGUAUGAAGCCACCAUUCACCUUCUCACAGAUGAUGACUGGAAAGAAGAACUGAAGAAUCUUGUGGAGGUUUUGAGCCAGAAUGGGGAUGAUGAAGAUGAUGACGAUGAUGAUGAAUGUGUGAAGGAUGCCACUGAAAAGCUCCAUGCUCUUUAUGGAAAGGGAGCUGAACAAAAGGACUAUGAAGCCUUGUUGAAGACCAAGCUGCAGGUUUCUGUUCCUUCCAGGAGAAUCAUUCCCAUCAAGGCACAGGAGGCUGAGGAGUUCUCCAUCAAACUGAAUCCUUACAUCCGUGUUCGGGAUGAAGGCGCUGGUAGGCUUUGGCCGCUGAUCAAGUAUGUGGAAGUGACUAUUCCAGGGUCAGAUUUCCUUCCAGAAGGCAUCAUAUUUUUGAAUAUUCCUGGUACAGGAGACUUCAACAGCAAAAGGGAUAAAAUGUGGAAACAGAGUAUUAAUAAAUGUUCAGUCAUCUGGAUUGUCAGUGACAUUGAGCGCGUUGAAGGAGAGAAGAUCCAGGCCAAGUUACUGGAAGAAAGCAUCAAGGCCUUCCCAGGAGGGAUCUGUACUGACAUUGCCUUGGUGGUCACCAAAUCAGAUAAAAUGAAUCUUGAAGAAUACAGAAGGUAUUUGCAAAGAUCCUUGAUGCAGAAACAGAUUAAUAAUGAGCACGACGCCAUUUUAGAGAGGAACCAAGAUGUGAAGAACAAGAAGGAGAAAAUCAUUAAGGACAAGCUGAAGAGAAAGCUGCCACCUGAUGCAGAAGUCCUUCAGAACCCCAAAUUGGUUUAUACAGUCAGUGCCCAAGAAUUCUGGGCGUCAAGGCACCUCAGUCAAGAUGAAACAGAGAUACCAGAGCUGAGGAAGUACCUCAGGAUGAUCUAUCUGAAGAAGAAGCAGAAACUGGUGGCAAAUUAUGUGACUGAAGUAUGGAGUGUUCUCAUGCUGGCUAAAAAUUUUGGUUCCACGCCACAACAUGAGGACCGGGUGUUUCAGAACAGUGGUGUGCAAGAAUUAAUAAAGAAGGAUGUCGAUUAUCUGGAGAGGCAACUUCAGAGAUGUUUUGACGAGAUAAAGCAGCCUCUCUGUGAUGGUGUGAAGGAAGCCAGGAAGAGCUAUAAGAAUACCAUCACGAAGCUGCUCACAAGAGAUGAAGGAUACCGAGGUUAUCACAGGACCCUGAAAGCGGUGUGCUUGAAGGAGGGUGUAUAUGCCUCUAAGAGCUUUCCACGCAUCGAUUUCAAUGAAAGCUUUGCCAUGCCUAUCUAUGAUAAAGUUAAUGGCAUUUUUGGAAGUAUCUUCAGGAUCCAAAAGGCCACCAGAUCCAGUCUGUGGUCUCGCCUGGAAAUGUUUAAAAAUGAGGUGCAGAGCAAGAUACGCCAGACUGGAGAAGACAACCACCUGCCAAAUAACAACAGGAAGAUUGAAAUGUUCAUUCAAGAAGCAAACGUAAUCCUGAAAAAACUGGAAAACAAUACUGUCCAGGCAAAGUUCAAUAUCUAUCAGAGUAUUCGUGAGUCCAUCCAACAUGAUCUCAAGCCCCACUAUAAAGAGGCCUCAAGAGUUAAAGGUCAUGGAAGUUGUGAGCAGAUGAAGAGAAUCUUAAGGGCAGGCAUUGAGAAUGAGGUAAACAAUCAGAUGUUUGAGAAGGCCAAAUCCCAGAUGGAGAGCCGCUUCCACAAACUGAAGGAAGAAAUCUUGCUGAACCUGAAGGAACAAAUAUCCAUUGUAUUCAAUCUGGUCUUCUUGCAACAGGAUCGGGUUCCUGUGCACUUGGCAGAUAUUGAUAAUGCAUGCAGUGAGAUCGACAUCUAUUACCAGUUGCAAAAGGAUCAAUAA